AGUAUAAAAAGGACCGCCCAGUUUUCUGAUCUGCGGCCUUGAUCUGCUUAAACAAAAAUAAUAACCAAUAGCUUGUUGUUUCGAACUGGUCGUUGGCAACGAGAGCGCAGCGUAAACUAUAUAUACUCCCCGAUUGUGAUCGAGUGACUCUAACUUGGACUUGCUUCUGAAGUUACCCUCAGCAUGAACAUACCGCCCAAUAUUUACAUCGUUGGGGCGCACUGCACCGGCAAGACGACCCUCCUUGAGGCUCUCAAAGACCACCUUUCCGGGAGUGUGGUCGCCGAGAUCUUUGGGGGCGACACAGAUCGUCCCAUAUUCAUAGACGAAGUUGCCCGAGAGGUCAUGGCGAAGGACCGCUUUAGGGUAGGUGACAUUAAGAAGAAAACGGAGGGUUUCGAGCUACAGAAGUGCGUCCUGCUCAGCCAGUAUCAGGCCGAGAAAGCCCUGGAAGAUAGGUGGUUUGUUUCAGAUCGGUCAGGGAUCGAUCCGAUCAUCUACACCGAAUUCUUCCUCGGAUGCCCUGCAGCGGAGAGGCUUGUGGAACACCCUGAAUGGUCUGUCCUACGAGACGGUAUGAGAAAGGGACUCGUAAUUGUUUGUCUAACUCAUAAUGACUCCUGGGUUUCAUCCGACCGUGUCAGAGUUAAGUGCAAGGAUCAGUCUGAGUGGAAAGCCCUUGGCGAUGCUUUUCUAAAUGGGCUACAGCAGCAUGGAAUUGCAUUUACAGCAAUUCCCCAGGGCAUGGAUGAUAUAGGCGAGCGAGUGCAUUUUGUUGAGAAUAUCCUUAGAUCUACCUAUCGCACGUAAUUAAUGACAGAUCGCCUUACAAAGCCCACA